AUGACGACGACGAUGAUGACGCGAGCGGUUGCCCCGCAAUCUGUUCGAAAAACGCAGAAGAAAAAGAGCAUCGUCGUCAUCGCGAAAGCGCGCGAAGAACCCGAUGAAGAAGCCUCGUCUUCGUCCCGUUCUUCCUCUCGUGAUGAUGAAAAAAUUGGUCUCUUCUCCUCUCCUGCAACCGUGAAAAGACGACAAGCGUUCGCUCUCGCCGCGGCGGCCGGGACGACUCUCCUUUUUAACGAACAAACUAUUCCGGCUGCAUUUGCCGCGUACGGUACCGCGUCAGGGGGUGGCGACGAAGCGUCGCAACCGGUCACGUAUUCCACUUUUUACGGGGCGGCGGAACCUCCCGCCACGUACGGCAAAGUCGGCGGAACGACGCCAAACAGAGCGAAAUAUUCCUACGAAGUUCCGUCCACGUGGAAAGAAGAGCCGACGUCGAAAGUUGAAAAGGGCUCGGGUGGGCAAGACUCUCGAUGGGUCCCGCGAGGCGUCAAAGGCGUCAAAGCUGUGUUGGUAACUUUAAAUCGCGCCGGCGAAGACGGGCAAGAGUUUUCGUUGCAAGACACGACCAUCAACGCCUUAGCCGGUUCGGAUCCAAACUUACAAGACGCACUUUUGAACGGUUUAGUGAAAACCAAUCGCUCAAACGUUGAGGGACAAGAAUACAUCCAGUACGAUAUCGAGGCGGCUAUUUAUUACGGGGUCAAAGCGACCGUAGAUAGCACCGGGAGGCUCUUUGCUUUGAUCAUUUCCGCGCCGGAUAACGUGUACAAGAAAGAAAGAAACACAUACGAACGGAUGUUGGAUUCGUUUCGAACGUACAUUUUAGACACGACAAAGUAA